GCGUGUGUGUGAAGUGUGUCAGGCAUUCCUCCUCUUCUGAGCGCGUGCAGAACAGAACAAGGAAACUCCGGUAGCAGCAGAGAGAGACAGAACGAGGUCUUGACCCUUCAUGGCUGUGUGUCUCUGAGGGUCAGAUCCAAAAUGGCGGCCGUGGUGUCCAGUUUCCUGCUGCUGUGUGCGUUUCUGUGCUGUGCUGAUGCGUUCGUGGAGAUCAGUCCCCUCGAGGUGCUCAGAGGCCGCUCCACCUUCAUCACCUCAUCACACCUGAACAUCCACGUCACCCCGGGCUCCGACUGCAAAGUGGAGGUGGUGCUCAAUGAACCAGUCACCAUGAGGGUGGGCGGAGUCACGCCUCAGGUUUUUGACUGUGGUUUCAUGGAGGAUGAGGUGGAGUACGAUCACAGCGGGAGCCCUCUGCUCCAAGAGGACGCUGUCAUGAUCCGAGUCUACAGGUUCAGCUCCUCAGAGACCCAGGUCCGGACUGUGGUUCUGCCGGUCCUGAUCUUAGACCCCCCCUCGCCUUUGGUCUCGUUGGGUCCAAAUCCUCUGAUAGUCCCGGUCUUCCUGGGUCUUUCAAACCCCAUAGACGCCUCAGUCCUCCAGAUCCGGACCGGACCAGACCAGAUUUGCUCCGUCAGGUUCUACAGUGCCCUGGUCCCGGCCGUGGGUCAGCUGGUGGACCCCCAGAACAGCCGUAACCAUGGCAACCAGAGCAACCAGGACAACCAGACCAACCAGAACAACCGGACCGACUGCUCCGGGAACAGUCCGUGUUUGGACCAGACUCAGCCCGUGGUUUUCCUGAAGACUUCCUGUGAGGGCUUCCUCCAGUCUGGACUCAGGUACCAGCACCUGAGCCCCCCCUCUCCCCAGAUGGACUACAUCCCCCUGGGCAUCGAGCUGAGGGAGCGGGCCACCCGGGCUCUGCUUGAGUCUGAGUACGUCUGGAUUCCGGUCCGGAUAAACCCCGGUCUUCCGGACCAGCCUCCUCGUGCCUCCUUCAUGGCGUCCUCCAUUUUGGAAGUGGACCAGUUUGUGUUGACGCCGCUCACCUUGGCGACACUGGACGCAGAGGACGCGGAGACGCCACAGAGUAGACUGGUGUUCAACGUGACGGCGCCCCCUGCAGGAGGAUACCUGACACACCUGGAUGACCACACCAGGGAGGUUCACUCUUUCACCUGGGACGACCUCAACCACCUGAAGAUCGCCUACCAGCCCCCCCACACCAGCCAAUCACAGCGCACCCACGACCAGAUGGAGUUCCAGGUGAUAGACGGCUCGUUCCAGACGUCUUCUCCCAUCGUGGUCCACGUGUCCAUCAGAGCGUCAGAGACCAACGCCCCGAGAGUCUCCUGGAACAUGGGCCUGGUCCUGUUGGAGGGUCAGUCUCGCUCGCUCUCGUGGGAGGAGUUUCAGGUGGUGGACAGAGACGACAUAGAGCAGGUGUUUGUGGUGGCAGUGGACGGACCACAGCACGGGACUCUGACAGUGAGAGGGGCGAAGUCCUUCAUGUUCCGUGUGGCCGACCUCCGGCGUGGCGACAUCGUUUAUCGGCAUGACGACAGCGACACAUCACAUGACCACAUCGUUUUCCGCAUCAGCGACGGGCGCCACACCAUUCGGCACCGCUUCCCCAUCGCCAUCUUGCCCCGGGACGACUCACCGCCAUUUUUACUCAACAACGUGGCUCUGCAAGUACAGGAGGGGGCGCAAGUCCAAGUCCGGGACUAUCUCCUGGCCUCAGACCUGGACUCCAGCGACCAGUACAUCACCUAUGACAUCACCACAAGACCAAAGAGCGGGAAACUGGUGCGAAAGAGUUCACCCCAGGACACAGGUGUGGAGGUGCAGAGUUUCCUGCAGAAGGAGCUGGUCCAGGGUCAGAUCUUUUACCAACACUCAGGAGACGAGACGCAGGAGGACAGCUUCGACUUCAGCCUCUCAGACAACAACGAGCCUCCAAAUUUGUCCCAGAUCUAUACGGUGGUGGUCCACGUGUUCCCAGUGAAAGACCAGGUCCCAGUUGAAGUUCCGGGUUCGGUCCGGACUCUGACCCUGAGAGAGGACCAGGUGGUCUAUAUCAGCCCACAACAGCUCCACUUCAGAGACCCAGAAGAUCCAGACCAAGACCUCACCUACACCAUCACACGGGCCUGCUACAGCACCAACAGACCGAGUCUGAUGGACGCAGGUCGCCUCUUCCUCACCGACAACUCCAACUCCAUGAAGAGAGACCACAUGAUCCCAGUGCUCAAGUCCUUUACCCAGUCUGCAGUGAAUCACAUGAAGGUUGGGUUCAUGCCUCCUGUUGAGGACAUUGGUCUGGAUCCUCUCUUGGUCCGGUUUGAGUUCUCGGUCCAGGAUCUUCAGGGAGGACUGGUCUCUGGUCUGGACUUCAACAUCACGGUUCUCCCGGUGGACGACCAGAAACCACAGGCCUUCUCUAACCUGGUGCGGGUGGAGGAGGGAGGUGCCGUUCUUCUUACAGAGGAGCACGUGAUGGUCAGAGACAGAGACAGUCCUGAGGACGCACUGAGCGCUCACAUCCUGAAGGGGGCGCUGCACGGGAGACUGGAGAGACAGGGACACAAGCUCAGGCCUGGAGACAGCUUCAGUCUGAUGGACCUGAGGAGUUUGAGGGUCAGAUAUGUUCAUGACGACUCUGAGACCACCGCAGAUGAAAUCAGUCUGAGGAUCUCCGAUGGGACCAACAGUGUGGACCUGGUUCUUCAUGUACAGAUCUUGCCCAUGAAUGACGAAGCCCCAGUUCUUGACCGGUUCUUGCUGAACUCUCUUGUCUGUAAUGAGUCUGGUUCGGUCCGGAUCUCCCUGGACCAUCUGAGAGCUUCAGAUCGGGACUCUGAUGACCUACGCCUGGUCUACAUGUUGGCCCGCACCCCCCACUUUGGAACCCUCCAGAAAUCUGGUCUCAACGUGGACCGCUUCACCCAGCAAGACCUGGUCCAAGGUCUGGUCUACUACAGCCACUCAGGAGCAGAGAUCGGUCCUGCUCCUGUAAUGGACACUAUAACGUUGAUCAUCUCUGACGCUGAGGCCGGUUUGACGGACAGCUGUUGUGAUGGAGAUGCCCCGCCCCCUCCUGUCCCGCUGCACGGGUCACUUCCUGUUUACGACCUGAACGUUACUGUACUUCCUGUCAACAACCAGCCCCCCGUCAUUGUUCUGGGUCCGUCUCUCCUCUCGGUGAAUGAGGGCUCCUUUGGGUGCCUCUGUGGGGGGGUCUUGGGUGCCACAGACCUGGACACGCCCCCUGAUGGCAUCACCUUCCACCUGCUGGCUCCUCCCCUUCAUGGUUUCAUCGAGAACACACUGCCCUCCGCUGGAUCUGAGAAGAGCCGCGCCGGCAUCCCAGUGGAAUCCUUCACUCUGACGGACCUGAGCGGCGGCUUCAUAAACUACGUCCAGUCUCUGCACCGCGACACAGAACCACGCGCAGAUCACAUGACCUUAUCUGUCAACGAUGGGCUGCACAGCUCCGCCCCCUCACCUGUCUACAUCAUCAUCAACCCGACUAAUGACGAGCCUCCGGUCCUGCACCUAAACAACUUCACCGUGGAGGAGGGGGGACUUCAGCACUUGUCUCCUCUGCUGUUGGAUGCCUCAGAUGUGGACGCUCCGUUGGAUGUUUUGACCUUCAGCGUCCUGCGUCCUCCACAACAUGGCCGCCUCCUCAAUGCCCUCUACAAACAACAGGGGGCAGCACUGAGCGUGGAAGAGUUCACCCUGCAGGAGCUCCGGCAAGGUCUGAGGCUGGUGUACGUCCAUGAUGGCUCUGAGACUCUACUGGACUCUGUGGAGCUGAGUUUGUCUGAUGGAAAGCACUUGGUCCUGGGCACGGCCUUCAUCACAGUCACCCCUGUGGACGAUCAGACGCCCAUACUCAUCAGGAACUCGGGUCUUGAGGUGGACUCUGGUCAGACCAGGGUCCUGUCCUGUGUGGUCCUGGAGGCUGAAGACCAGGACUCGGAUCUGGACCAGGUCUACUACGUCCUAAACACAGUCCCCAGACAGGGGGCGCUGCAGAAGAAGAGUGGCUCUGAUUGGUCGGUUCUGUAUCCGGGGCAGAACUUUACUCAGACCGAUGUCGAGAUGAACCGGAUCCGCUAUGUGCACCAGAGAAAAGAUCACGCAGAGGUCACGGGGGUCGCUCCAGGGUCAAAAGGUCACGACAGCUUCCGGUUCAUCCUCAGUGACCGAACCAACGAGACCCCACUCCAGACCUUCUACAUCUCCAUCAGGACCAUGGAGAGAGGGCCGCUGCAGUUGAGUACCCGUCCUGCUCGGAUCAUGGAGGGGGAGAGACUGGUCUUGAGCUCAGACUAUCUCCUGGCACUGGACUUUGGACCUCCUCAGGACCUGGUCUACAGGAUCCAGGAUGAUCCUCGACUUGGAAGCCUGAGUCUGGUGAGCGCCCCCGGAGUCCGUCUGAGGAACUUCACACAACUGGACGUGACGGCUCAGAGGGUGUGUUACACUCACGACAACAGCCACGAGGGAGACAAGGACUCGUUCAGUUUCGUCGUGUCUAAUGGCGUCUCUUCAGUCCCCGGGUCUCUGUUGGUCCACAUCCUCCACAUGGACAGAAUCCCGCCCACUCUGGUCCAGAACUCAGGACUCCGGGUUCAGGAGGGUUCCACUGGGAUCAUAACCAGAUCUCACCUGCUCCUGACCGACCCCGACACUGCUGUGGUUAACCUCACCUACAAAAUCACCCAGAUGCCCCGGUACGGCAGGCUCCUGCUGCACGGAGAGCCUCUGGACAAAGCCAACAGGCACUUCACGCAGUGGGACCUGGACCAGGCUGGAGUAACGUACCGACACGACCCCAAGACUCGCGCUUCCAUCGACGCGUUCCACUUCCUGCCCACGGACCAAUCAAACGCUGGCUUCCUCCUGUAUGGACGAAUCAGCACUGAGCCCGCCGUCUUCACCAUACAGAUUGAGCGUCCAGACGUCCCUCCUUCGCUCGUGUCCAGACUGUCCCCCACAGCGGUCACUGCUCUGGCCUCUGGACGCUUUGGGAUCAUCCUGGACCGGUCCCACCUCCAGGCCUCAGACCCAGACUCAGAGGACCAAGAACUGACCUACACCAUCACCCGACCCCCAAGACACGGACACCUGGAGAACAUGCUCACAGGGUCGUACAUUCAGAGCCGUUUCACUCAGAGGGACAUAAACCAAAAGUCGGUGGUUUAUCUACUUCCUGUCGACGUCGAUGUCACAAAUGACAACUUCCUGUUCGUCCUGUCGGACCCGGCGGGAAACAGCCUGCCCCCACAGAGUCUGGACUUGUCCUGGUCUCGGGUGCAGUUCUCGGCCUCGUGUUACAGAACCUGUGAGACCUCAGGGACUCUGCAGAUCCAAGUCCAGAGAACUGGGUUCAGUUCAGACCCGGCCUUUGUCUCUAUUCAGGUGGAGGAGGGCGGGGCUAAAGUGGGCGUAGACUUCACCCACAGCUCGGCGACGCUGCUGCAGUUUGACCCAGGCGUAAAUGUAAAAACCUGGAACAUUUUCCUCAUCGCUGACGCUCUGGAGGAGAACCACGAGUCCUUCACCGUUCUGCUGAAAAAAACACAGAACUCAGUCCUCGGAACCAGGACCUCAGCCCGGGUCGAGAUCCUGGAUCCCAGACAAGGUCGCUGUGAUCCUUUUGAGUCUUUUGAGGACUUUGUUCCAUUGGUCCCUCCUGGUCCAGAUCCUGGUCUCAGUCCUGGUCCAGAUCCUGGUCUCAGUCCUGGUCCAGAUCCUGGUCUCAGUCCUGGUCCAGAGAAGGACUUAGACCCUGUUACAGAAAUUGAGACCGAGUUGAUCUUUGAACCGGAUCCACGGAGUCCUCCUCGAGGGGACGUCCCAAACCGAGUACUGGACUUUAGCCUGAGGGAUCAGGCCUGGACCCAGGACCAAGACCAGGAUCAAGACCAGACCGGAGUGUACCAGGACCUCAGAGACCAGAGACGGACCAACCCCAAGGACCUGAGGAGGUACCAGACCCAGGUCCAAACCCAAGUCCAAACCCAGGUCCACAGAGAGACCCACAGAGACCAGAGACAGAGGGUGCACUUGUCGACAGACAGGGGGCAGGAGCGAGUCUGGACGUUCCACAGUCUGACUCCUCUCAAAGUGGAGCAGGUCCUGGAGCAGCCGCUCAGAGAUGCCCCGACACCACCAGAGGGCGCCACCACCCCACAGAGGGGCCCCAGCGGCGUCUGUCCCGCCGGCUCCUGGACUCUCCACAGGGGGCACUGUUUCCUCCUCAGCUCGUCUGUGGCGUCCUGGGGCAGCGCACACCGCUCCUGCUCCCAACUGUUCAACAGCAGUUUGGCGUCGGUCCAGUCCAGGAGAGAUCUGUUCUGGCUCUGGAGGUUCAGCGGCAGGCGGCCAUUUUGGACAGAUUUUUCUGACGUCGUUGACAGUGACGUGAUGGAGCUGUCUGGACUGAAGGGGGCGCUGUCUCCGGAGUGUGUCCUCAUUAAAAAUCCCAAAAACUGGAUCCAGACCAACUGCUCCACGGACUCAGAACACACCUUUAUUUGCUCUAGACCAGGACUAAACCAGGACUAAACCAGGACUGAACCAGGACUGAACCAGGACUAAACCAGGACUGAACCAGGACUAAACCAGGACUAAACCAGGACUGAACCAGGACUGAACCAGGACUAAACCAGGACUGAACCAGGACUAAACCAGGACUAAACCAGGACUGAAC